CGUUAUACAAAGAGAACACUUGUUUAAAUUCGUGUUAAGCUAAAUCAGUCCUCUCCUGACAAACAAAAAUAUUUUCUGCGUAACGUGUGUUAACCGUAUGUUUAAACAUCACGUGUUCGUAUACCUACAAUUGUAUUACCAAAAGCACGUGAGCAUCUCCAGGUAUUACGAAGGUAAACAUUUUUUGCAUACGGUGCAGUUGCCAUAAAACCGUCUACGACAUAUAGAAGAAUUUAUGCGACACUGCUAGAUUAUACGAUAAAUUAAUUACUGCGCUUAAUUCUGAUCUAAAUUUCCGAGUGUCUAACGCCGCGAUGAUAAAACUACGCACAUAAUCCUAUCUAAGAAAAACGUCGAUGAUCCUGUAAACAUCGAAAAAUAUGAUCUUUAGAAUAAUAUUGAAGUGAGAAUAAUUUCGCGCUUACCAUCGUAUUUAAACAGCGAAAUCAAAUUAUUAACUUCUUCCUCUGAUAUUUUUCCCUAUCGUCGAUCGUAAGUGAGAUAUUUGAGAUUACCAAGUUGGAUAGGACACCCGGUAUAAUAACCGAAGAAAAAAAUAUUUAUCCGUGAACUGCGGCAUUCUAGCGCUCAACCGUACGAUUCUUUUAUACUAAACGAUGCAAAAGGACACGGUUCGUCCGUUAACUCGACAAAUUAUCAAUACAGAUCCCUUCAAGCCGUUCUACCAACUCCAUCAAGCGGACGUAUUCCUGGCGAAUCACCAGUACCAGCCAAAUCUGCAACCUCCAAGAAACACGUACCCAUUGUCGUUUCAACCAGCCCCUGUGCAAACUCAAGCCAACUACGGUAGCCUGCCUCAAAACAUCCUCGACCAGAUUCGUAGCUGCGUUAGUAGCGCAGCCCCGAUAUUUAUCCUGCCAGGUGGUUGUCAUCGACAAACCGGUGCAAGCAAUUUAAACGAAGGCGUAGCGCAGCACAGCACAGGACAGUCGACGAAUGUGAAUCCCUUCGCGUCCUUCCACUGUCCACCCUCGUUCUAUCCUUAUCCGGUGCCUAUGCCGGUGUUGGAGCCAUUCGGAGUUCAAACUCGAGGCAAAGACGGUUCUCGCGGUUGCUUCUCGUGCUGUCAGAGGAAGCAACGCGGCUUGGAUGGCAAGGAAUAUGCCGUGGGAUGUUGCUGCGACGUUCACGAACAAGAGGAGCAUCGUUGCACGGCUACGAACGGCGAUACAAUUUGCUCGAAACGAGAUUGUCCAGUUUCCAUAAGUUUGCAGGCGUUGGCGUCGCAAUUUCUCUCGCUGCCAGGAAUUAUUUCUUGCGCUGUUACUAGGCUAAUUUUACGAAAAAUACCUGGAUCGAAUAUAACCAGUAGCACGGAGGACACGAUGGAUAAGGCGAUCAAGUGCUUGGAGACGCUGAACAAAGAGCAGCUGCUGGCCGAGUGCAGAAACUCGCAGCAUGCGAACGCGCUCAUCAACCUUCACAUGACUACCAAUCCUCCGGUGAAUAUUAUUCCGCUGCUUACGUUGCUGCAACUCAAGGUGAACGUCUUGAAGGCGCAGGUGGAGAAUUUGAUUAAUAAAAAGGUGACGGAGUGUCAAGGAUUUGGAUUCGAGGUAGAGACUAGCGGCCCCAUAGAUCCAACCGUGCUGUCGAUGAAGACGAACGCCGAGCUGCGUCAACUGUUAGCAGCUUUGCGGCAAAAAGAAUGCGACGAGAGGGUGAACGUCAACUUCUCGCCUUACCAUUCUCAGAAGGUGAUCGCCGAGUGUCGUCUGAACAACGUUCAAGCGAAAAUUCGCCAAGUGGAGACGGAGUUCGACAGGAGAAGAGACAUCUCGGUACCCGGUCCGACUCUCACUUCCAGGAUUAUCCGACAGUUUUCUGAAUCUACGUGCGCGUUUGGCUUCGCGCAGACGGGACUGUUCGAGCCUUAUGUGCAGGGAAGAAUGUCGGACUCGCCAGAUCCGUUUGCACGAAAUCCGAGGAGGCUCGCGUUGAAGCCUCACGAGCCUGCACAGAGAACUGUCCAGUGGAAGGAAGAAGAUAAGGCCGUUGCUACGUCUGAGAAUGGAACGACCACGUGCAGAGACGCGGAAACGGGCGAAGAUCGCGUUGUUCGUUCGAAGGAAAACAGAGUGGAAUCAAAAUCCAGCGAGGACACUUGUAGCUGCGAAGAAAGUUCCUCGCAAGAGAGUCUCGAUGAGGAUAAAAAAAAACUUGGCUUAAGAAUCGAUCGGCAUGGAAACGUGAUCGUAAGUAGCGCCUGCUGUUCGAGAGGCGUGUCCUUGUUCAAACUUGCAUCGCGUAUUGUUGAGAAAAUGAAGCAGGUUUCCGGCGAGGAUUACGCGGAGAACGAAGGAGAAGAAGCGAAAGGAGAAGGGCGUGAGUCGAGAGACGAAGAAGAAGAUUCUGUGAUAGAGUUUCGUAUCAAGGAGAUUGGCGUCGACGGUAAAGAGUUUGAGAUAAUUACGAUUGACGAUGAUGACGAGGAUACGAAAAGUAAGACGUUCGAUGGUGGAAAAGCGAGUAUUAAGAAGGAGCGUGAAAGCGAUACGGAUGUUGAAGAGAAGGUGGGCGUCGGGAUAGAAACCGGUACUUUGAGAAAGACAGAUAUCGAAGAAAACUCCGAAGGGAUAGAAGCUUCCGUUGAUGCAGGCUUUCCAAUAAAACAGGAGACCGAAAGUAUAGAAAGAAUGAUAGAUUCUAAUUACAAAGACAUUAAGGAAGAACCAGCGGAAGAGGGCGAAAGCGAUCAGAAGCGUUCUACGACGACAGCUGGUGUAGAACCAAAAAAGGAGGCGGUAGUCUGGGAAUCAGACGCGAAAGUAAAAGCAGAACCUAAGGAUUACGUCCUCGUAACUAAGAAAGAAAUCGUUCGAAUGCCUGACAACAUCGAAUCGCUGGGUGUUACGUCUUCGUCAAAAGAAACUGCGAUCGAAAAAGAAAAUGACAGAGCGUUUAAAGAGGAACCGAUCGCUGAGAACGUCCCGAUACACCGAGAAACUGUAAAUCAGACGGUUGCGAACAGGCAACCGUCCCGAAAGUCGUCUUCUGAUUUGUAUAAAACGUUGAACUACACCGUUAUAGCGAAGCCAGUGAGCCGAAAUAAACAACGAAAGAAACUUGAAUGCGUUUCAAAUAAAAACGAGAUCGAUUCUGAAUCGCGGAAAAAAGAUAGAAAAAGGAAAAAUAUACAGAUCGUCUCCAUGAUGACUCGUGUUAAAUAUAAUAAACAAUUUGUAGAUUUCCGGGGGUGGAACGAUGCGAAUGAAAGACACAUAGAACGUGAUUUCUCGAAGAGCGUCGACAAAGAAAAUGAGAAUGACGAGGAUGAUAGAUAUCUUCUUUCAAAGAAAGAACAUUCUUCUAUGACACGCAGCGACGAACAACGUGAAUUAGUAUCGAUGGUUCCUACGAGCACCGAAACCAACGAUGACAUUGAAAAGAAUACACUCGAGGAAAAGAUGUUCCCAAAGAGUCGUCGAAUGAAUGGCGAGAAAAUGACAAAUGGGCUGAAACGCUUUCCACCGCUGAAGCAUACAUAUUCAAACGCAGCAGGAACAACAGCCGAGAUCUCGGAAAAUCUACUUCGUGGAAAAGAGAUCGAGUCAAAUUGCUCGAGGAUCGUUUGCGAUAGAAGUAGCUCUUAUCAUUGCAAUUCGAAAAUGGAAAAUGGCAUUGUCUCCGUGAUAUAUUCCAUGAUGGAAAGUCGGUUUGUUUCCUUGAACUCGUUGCUCGGCAAUAUAGCGAAUUUCCAAGGCGUCCUCUCCAAUUUCCAUCUCAACAAAUCGUUCAACGAUACUCGCGACGAAGAUAAUUUAAAUUCGAAUCGAGACGACGCAAAAAAUAAAAGGCUAAAAUCGCAGAAAAACAAUUGGAUUGCACUUCCGCCGAAUACGAACGCUUACAACGAUGGUGAGCACGAUGUUUCCGGCGGAAAUCGUGUUUCCGUUGGCGAACAGUGUAUUAACGUGCACGAAACGAGACAUUCGAUAAUCGUGGACAGAGAAAAGAACGAUUAUCUGCUGAUCGGGGGUUCUGUUAGCGGCCAAUCUCGAGAAUUAUCGAGAAACGGUUUCAAACGACCAUAUCAUACACGUAGAAACAUAUUGAUAAGAAGCCGACUGAAAAGUUCGGGAAACUCGAGACACGAAUAUCUGCGUCCUUUCACGAUCUUCAAACGAUUGAAGGGAAAUAAAAUAGUCGCGUCUCAGACAGGUUCGCAAAUCCAACAUCGACUAAAAGCUAGACAAAGAUUUUUAGCUUUGCCUGGAAUACCCGAGGAUGUGGAGACGUUAAGCAACGGUAAACACGCUAAUGCAUUUGUAACGACGAAUAGCGCAUCUGAGAACGUAAUAACGCAGCAGGAUAGUAAACGUAAUAAUUGCGACGCUGUUACUGAAUGCUCCGCUCUUUCCAUUGAUCGUUGCUCGACAGAAAAGCAUCGGGUAAUUAACGGUUCUCUCAAUGGGAUGGUAGUAAAUGAACAGAUAUAGUUUGAAUGAAUAUCACGAUUUUAUUAGCGUUUGGCAGUAAAGUAUAACGUUGGAGAUUAAAUGGAGAAAUAAUGACAUAAGGACAAACGAAUAUCGUAUAGAUUUACUUUUGUGCGAAAUGAAAUUUUCUUCCAACUAGUAUCUCCCUUCUUUGAAAGUUGUACUUCUCCGGAACAUCGUACAAAUGCUCUCUAAUCGUUUGGUGUCUUUGGAAGACCCAAUCGUAUCGAUAAAAAAAAAACGCAAAC